UACAUUACAGCCAUAGCCGUUUCUUUUCGUCUGUCUUCAACGUUCAAACAAUAUGAGAACGUCACCUAUAGCUUCGACUUUGUGGGGACCCUUUAUAAUCCCAACGCCCUCGUUUUAUUCUCUUCCACCGCCGCCACCGUUACCCCACCUAACAACAAUGAGUCGCAAUCGAGUGCACCAUCUCCACCUCCGAUCCGAGUUGCACUCACAGAGUCAGCAGGUAGAGGUGUGUUCGCCACUCGGAGAAUCGGUGCCGGGGACACCAUCCACACUGCUAAACCCUUUGUAUCUUAUCCUUCUCUCUCUGCUAUUGACACUGUAUGUUACUUUUAUCUCAAAAAGAUGAAAACUUUCACUGGAUCCCAACCUCAAGACUGUCUUUCUGUUCUUAUACUAUUGUUAAUUUGGGCCUUACUUGACAUUGGGUGUUGGUUUUUUUAUGAUGUCGAGAAGAAAGCAGAUUGGCUAGCAUUUGAUGAAUACUGCAGCACCCAAGGUCUGAAAUAUCCCUUUUUAGUGAAGCGGUUAGCUUGUAAGGUCAUAUCAGGAGCUGCACCUGCUGGUAUUCUGGACAUACUUCAACCAGCUAGUUUAACUCCAGCGAUGAUUUCAAAGAUUGAAGAGGGAUUCCAUUUACUAAGAAAAGCUUUGGUGAAGUCAAAUAUUGGAGAUGAACAUACAUCUUUCCUAACAAAACAAUGGUACACUGAUGUGCUUGCACGAAUUCGUAUCAAUGCUUUUCGUAUUGAAUUGGCUGCAGGUGCAUAUGAAGAUCUUCUUUCAUUAGCUUCAGUCUCCAUCGAAGCUGAAGCUGCAGUUGGAAACGCUAUUUACAUGCUUCCAUCCUUUUACAACCAUGAUUGUUUUCCAAAUGCACACACGUCGUGGAUAGAGAAUGCUGAUACAAAACUGAAGGCGUUCCGUGACAUCGAUGAAGGUGAAGAGCUUCGGAUAUGUUACAUCGACGUCAGUAUGAGUUAUGAUGCUCGACAAAGUCUCUUGUCUCAAGGUUUUGGUUUCAAGUGCAAUUGUCUGAGAUGCUUGUCUGGUGAUUAAGGGGCCUAUCAUAUUCACUCUCAAGUCAAAACUUAUUCCGUGUUUGUUCUGUAAGUUUUCGAAGGAUGUACUCAAUUUAUAUGUCAAUUGUUUCGACUUGGUAAGAGUUUGUGGUAAGAUAAUGUACUCUGUUUUUUUAGUUCUGGAAGGCUGCUUGUAAAUUGUAAUC